AUGCAAAAAGCUCUGGACGGCAGCAUCGAUCUACCUAUUGCGAGCCUGAUCAACAAGAGCAACAGCAGCGCUGCGCCCAGCAGCAGCAGCAGUAGCAGUAGCAGCAGCAGCAGCAGCAGCAGCAGCAACAGCAGCAGCAGCAGUAGCAGCAGCACGGACGCUGCUGCUGUGGUUGGCCACCAGCAUCACCUCGUAGGCGGGGGCGCCUCCAACUCGUCGUCGUCAUCGUCGUUCUUCUCGUCGUCGUGCGGCGGUGACACCAAGGAGGUGUCGGACGAGCGUCCCGUCGGCGAUGAUCUGCCGGCCCCGACGUUGCCGCCGCCGCCGCCGCCGCUGCCGCUGGCCGGCAAUGUGGCAAGCAUGCUGGAGUGCGGGGUCGGCAACGAGGGAGCAGCACCACCACCAUCAACUAGUGCCGCCGAGGCACGCACCAAAAAGUAUCGCCAUCAACAGUUCAGCAAGAACAUCUACAUCGGCACCAAGAACGCGGAGAAGUGGGACACGCUCCGGAACGCGCUGCUCUUCAAGAACGACGUCGAGUUCGUGUCGUUCCUGCUGAAGCUGGCGGAGGGCACCGGCUGGAAGAAGGAUGGUCUCGCACUGGCAAACGGGUACGGCUUUCAUACAGAGACGGCGGCGGCGGCGGCGACGGUUUCAAAGUCCCGUCCCGGCAGCACUGCUGCGGCUGGCGGCUUGGAGACGAAACCAAGUGGACGUACGAGACAACUCCUGCAGGAACAGCAGCAGCAGCAGCUCUCACCGACAGCAGCUGUCAGUCUGAGCAGCUCCAAGCAGACUGCGGGAAAGAAAGCCAAAAGAGUACAAUUCAAUAAAAAUGUAAAUAUUAUAAAUAACAUCGAGGACAUCGAGGGUGACCGGCGAGGCAGAAAGGUGGUAACCGCCAACCCCUACCGGACCGCGCUGCCGCCCGUGGGCUUCAGCGAGCACGAGCUGACGCCGGAAACGACGCCAAUGGAGGGCGACGAGGCCGACGAACUAGAACCAGCCGAGGAAGACGAGGACGACGUAGAGGAGGACGUAGAAGAGGACGAGGACGAGUUGGAUGAAGGAGAGGAGAUAGACGAGGAGGAGGUGGAGGACGACGAGGAGGAGGAGGAGGACGAGGAGGAAGGGCAGCCGCCGGGGCACGGGCUGGACGCAAACACGCAGCAGCAGCACUCGGCGUACCUCGCGGAUGUUGAUCUCGCCAAGAAGGCGUCGCUACGCAAAGCGCACCAUCAACCGCAACCAGCUCAACAGCCCCAACCAUCGCAGCAGCAGCAGCAGAGCAACGAAGUGCAGCAGGACUCGAUCAGCAGCACGAUGGGCUCGGUGUCGGAGGACUCGCUGCACACCGAGACGGAGGUCCUGGACUACCGGAUUGCCGAGAAGAUCAAGACCGAGCUGGAGGAGAAGCAGAAGCUGGAGCGCCGGGCCACCGGAAGCGAGGAGCAACUCCCGACGACCUCGACCCUGUUCGGUGAGCCGACUGACUUCGAUGUCUCGGUGGGUGCGGCGGCGGCGAUCAACCCGCUCGUGGACAGCAAACCGACGGACGUGGUGCUGAACCAGCUGGCGGUCUGCGUCCAAGAGCUGUCCAAGGUGCGCCCGACCCCACACUACAACAACGGAGGUGUCGGUGGGGGCGCGGAAGCGGUGUGCAACGGAGGAAGCCGCAAGGGCAAGGGUAAGCGUGGACGGUUGGGGGCCGCGGAAUCGGUGGACCUGCACAUCGAGUACGAGGAGCAGGAGUACCGUGGGCUUCCCGGGCUCGUGGACGGUGAUGGUGGGGCACGGGCGACGCCGAAGGCACCGGGCCGCCAUGCCGGUCCGCCCGGGGCACCGGCCCAGGGCCGCAAGGCCCGAAAGGGGUGCGUGGUGGGCAAGCACAAGGUAUGCCCCGGCUGCAACAUCAAGCACGGGGCGGCGGAGCCGUGCCCGCUCAGCACGCCGCUGCUGACCAUCGGCAACAAAAUCGAGCUUAGCCAGUGGCUGGAGCAGAACGAGGAGCUGAUCAAGAAGCACAAGCUGUUCCUGAAGCCCCACAUCAGCCACGCGGACGAGACGGACGACGAGGCGGACGACGGGAACUACGACGACGAGGACGACGAGGACGACGAGGACGAUGGGGGCGGCGGCGGCGGCGGUGGCGAGGAUGACGACGACGAGGAGGACGCCGAGGAGGGGGGCGGCCGGGGAGGCGAUCGGUUGGACCUGAUACCGUCGUUCUCCGAGAUCUCCGUACCGCCCGAGUUCGAGCUGCGGCUCUGCGGCCCGCCGGCGAGCGCCGCCGGCGCGACGACCAGCGGCAACAUCAGUAGUACGACGACGGCCGCGGCCACCAACACAGGCGCACCCCUGGACACCCCGCUGCAAGCGGACGUUACGAAGGAUUCGAGCCUGGGGCUAGUGGCACCGGGCGGCCAGACGCCUCCAUCGCCACAGCUUCCGGCCGCAGCGGCGGGCAGCGGGAAGCGGCGCGCCGACGGGUUCGGGCACGGGCUGAGCAUCUACGCGACCAAACCGAUCGCCCGCUACACCCGGAUCGGGCCCCUCACCGGCCAGCUGGUGCCGGAGACGGAGAUCCAGGACGACGCCACCAUGCGCCACAUCUUCGAAACGUUCGACGGCUGCAAGUCGACGUACGUGAGCACGGAGAACAAGAACCUCUCGAACUGGCUCCGCUACAUUCGGCCGGCGAAGAGCCGCGACCAGAAGAACUGUGUGCUGCAGGUGCACGAGGGCCACAUCUACUUCGUGACCUGCGCCGACCUGGAGCCGGGUGCCGAGCUGCUCUACUGGAGCGAUGACAGCAACUCCGCCUGGGGCAAGAAGAAGAUGGAGAAAACGAACUGUGGCGGCUGUAACCUGAAGUUCGACCACCCGCUGUACUACCGGACGCACUGCUCCGUGUUCCACGAUCCCGGGUUCAGUUUGACCAUCCGGAAGUACCACUGCAAGGUGUGCGGUGUGGCCGUCCUGGGCAAGGAGAACAUCAUGAAGCACGCCGAGAAGCUGCACGACGGCAAAGGUGCCUACCAGUGUCAGUUUUGUCAGAAGUUUUUCCUACGCCUCAACUACCUGGAGAUGCACCGUACCUACGGGUGCAGCGCCAACCCGCAGCGCACCCGGCCGCUGUGCGACUUCUGCGGUCGGAAGUUCUGCCAGCCGCAGAAGCUGAAGGUGCACAUCAAGCGCAUGCACAGCGACAUGGCCGACGUGCUGCGCGACUUCCAAUGCAAGCUGUGCUCGAAGCUGCUCGGCUCGCGGGCCGCCCUGCAGCGGCACUCGAAGGAGGUCCACAGCCGCAACUCGGCCGUCGUCAGCUGCCCGCGCUGCCAGAAGCUGUUCCAGAAUCGCUCGAACCUCAAGAUCCACAUGCUGACCCACUCGGGCGUGCGACCGUUCAAGUGCGCUGAGAACGAGUGCACGGCCGCCUUCACCACCAAGCAGUGUCUGCAGUUUCACUACAAAAAGGUCCACGGCUACACGCAGGAGCAGAUGCCGAAGAUCGAGCGUAGCGUUGCGUACACGUUCGACGCCUACUCCGGCGGGCUGAACGAUGGGCUAGUCGAGGGAGUACAGCGCCGUCAGCGGCGUAAGUCGUCCGCGUCGGAGGAGGGAGCAUACGGGAGCGAGAAGGUCGAACGGAGGAAGCGGUCCCGCCAUCUGCACCACUUCGAGGAGGACACACUCCAACAGCACAGCGGGGCAGGUCCGGGGCCGGUUCCCCCGAACCAGCAGGGUCCGCAGGACAGUUCCCACGGGCUGCUCCAUCCUGACUCGCUGGAGCAGCCCGUGCAGCAGCCGGGACUUACCAGUGGCCACCAUCUGACACCGUCGGGUGCGAACCACGAAGUGAAUUAUCCGGCCUCGCCAUCCCCACAGCGGCUGGCAGGUCUUCACCAGCCAUUGGUACACCAGCAGCAGCAGCAGCAACAGCAACAGCACCAGCAGGACCAUGAGCUACAUCACCACCAGAAGUUGUUGCGCCAGCAGCAGCAGCAGCAGCAGCAGCACCUUUCAAUGCUUCCUUCAACCGACCAGCACGAAGGUGACCACCAGCAUCAUGGGCAGCGCGAAACACACUCCAACCGGCAGCAGUCCCCGGUGGACGAUGAUCAGCUCAUGCACGGUGACUCGGAGCAGGAGCAGCACCAACCGCCACGGCUACCGUCGCCCUUCUCGAGCAGCUUGCUCAAGACGAAAAACAUCCUCGAGUCGUUCAACGAUCUGUGCCGCACGGAGAACAACCUGUCGCUGCUCUCGACCAAGAUAUCGUCCAUCCUGAACAACAACCUGAAGGACAUCGCGAAGGUAGCCGCCAUCAGCAGUGGCGGUGCCCCUGGUGGUGGUUCGGUUGGCGGGAGCAGCCUGGAGGAAGCGGACCACCUGGCGCACAGUCUCGCGCACGUCACCGAAGAGCAGCAGAAGUCGUCUCCGGUGGGCGGCCUGCAGCACGUCAGCCAGCUGCAGGCCCACCGGCUCAACAUAUCAACGCAGCUGGAGGGCACUCCGGCGACCGUGGCGGCAGCCGCUGCCUUACACCAGUACAAGCUGAUGGACGAGGACCUGAAGGGGGCGGUCAGUGCGGGCGAGGACGUCGACGAUAGUUUCGUCGACAUGACGUCACUGGCGAACACGCUCAAGUACAAGGAGUACGUGAACGGGGCCAGCAACGCCGGGCUGGUGAUCAGCAAGGGCAGCAAGAAGUGGAUCAGCGACGCGGACCAGCUGGCGGCGGUGGGCGGCGGCGAUAGUCAGCAGGGCGACGGCGGCAUGCUGAGCGCCGUCGCGACCGGGCGCGACUUCCUCACCAAGCUCAUCAUGAACGGGAACGUGGGCAGCGCCACCCCAUCGCACGUGGCCGACGACGACGAGGAGGACGACGACAACUCCACCAUUCUCGACGUAGUCGACUCCAACAACCACCAUCAACAGCAACACCAUCAACAGCAGCAGCAGCAGCAACAGUACACGUCCACCUUCACCGGGCUCAGCCUGCCCGACCUGCCCUCGUUCCAAGGGCACGCGUUCCAGGGUCACUUCAACCACCAGACGCUGCUCGGUUCGUUCUACAACAACAGCAACGCGGUCGUGGCGGGCCGCAACACGCUCAACACGAUCCCAACCUCCGCCAGCAUGCUGGUGGAGGCGGCCCUCAACUCGGUCAGCAGCAUCAUCACGGACUCGGAGAUCAGUACAAACAACGGCGAUGACACUGGCGCAGGAGCCGAUGGCGACGGUGGCGGCGCAGGCGGUGCAACAGCGACCGGCGGCGCAUUUAGCCAGGCGGCCGCCAGUAUGGACGUGGACUCGGUCGACAGCCUGAAGCUGCUGAAGUCGCACCAGUUCUCGCUGCAGCUCAACUCGAUGGCGCAGUACGCAGUCGCUCAGCAGCAGCAGCAACAGCAGCAGUCCCCGUCGUCGGGCGCCGCCACCGUCCGGCCAAAGUCCCGCGAGAAGCUCUCGGCCAUCUACGGCGAGGAAGGCGAGAUGAUGGGCUACGCGGACACCCAGACCGGUGGCAAGCUGCCGUCGGACGCGGUGCGCAACGUCGCGCUGUCGCCGGAAACGCAGACCGUCGACUACGCACCGUACUCGGCGGGGACCGGGUCGGCGGCGGGGACAGGUGGACGUGGCCAGCAGAUGGCGACGGACUCGCCGGUGCGUUCGGUCUCGCGCCAGAUCUACGCCGAUCAUGACCUGAUCUCGCCCGCGUCAACGCCAUCGCUGCCGAGGUACGACUUCGGGCCGGCCGACUACGUGGCGGCGCGUGGCAGCCAGCGUCCUGACCCGUCCAAGUCGAUCGGAUCGCUCGGUGCGCUGGACAGCUUCGAGUCCAACCUGAAGGGCCACCACCACCACCAGCACCUGUCGAGUGACGAGGAUAACAGCAUCGUGAUCGCGGAGAACCUGUCGGUGAGCGCGGUCCAGACGCAGGACCAGAAGCUGAAGCUGUCCGCGUCCACGGGUGGCGGUGCGAGCGGGGCGGCCGACUUCCUGCAGCAGCAGCACCAGAAGUACGUCGGCCAGGACACGGGGCGGGCCGCGGCCAGCAUGGCGAACGCGGAGAUGCGCCUCAAGUACGGCUCCGAGCCGAGCGUCGGCGAGCUGGCCGACUUCCGGGCGAACCCGAUCGCCGACGCGUCCGACUUCCAGGGGCUGGACAUGUCCUCCCGGACGGCGCUGCCGGCCGCCUACCAUCACGCCAACUUCCAGCUGGGGCCGGGCCAGCCCGGCGCGAACCUCAACUUUAACCGUUACCACCAUCACAUCUACGACAUACUGAGCGAGCGUGACCAGCAGCAGUCGCAGCAGCAACACCACGUGGAGCAGCAGCAGCAGCAGCAGCAGCAGCAGCAACAGCAACAGCAACACCAUCAUCAGCAGCAGCAGGUCCAGCAGCAUCACCACCAGCAACAGCAAUCCCAACAGCAACAGCAGUCGACGCAGCAGCAGCAACAGGAGUCGUUUCAGCUGCAGCAAUCGCAGCUCCAGCACCUGGUGCAGGAGCACGUCCAGGGCCAGGACGGGGACGCGGACCAGGCGGUGUCGGUGGACCUGAGCCGCAGCUCGAGCUACCUGGUGUCGCCGUCAUCCCCGGCCGUCUCCUACGCGGCGGCCCACUCGCACUCGGACAUGAUCCGCAUGGUGUCGCUGGACCUGAGCGCCAACACGAGCGCCUCGCACCACGCCGCCAUCAACAACGGGGCGGCGGCGCACCACUCCGUGCGCCACACGUCCUUCAUCUCCUCCCAGCUCCAGCCGGCUCCGACGGGCAGCGCCAGCGCCGCGGCGGCCGCCGCCGCAGCCGCCGCCGCCGAGCAUCAUCGGCUGCUGACGAGCGAGCAGCUGGCCGCCGCCUCCAACCACCGGCUCCUGGUGGGCGACCCGGCCACGCACCUCAUCUUCGCCGAGCAGAACCAGCGGCUCCUGUCGGACGCGGCCGGCGGCCAGCCUCCGCCACCGGUUCCCCCUCCACCGGCGCCACCGCCGCCGCGCCACGUGGUGUCGCCGUCGCGAGGAUUCGGGGCGUACCACCACCACCAUCACCAUCACCACCACCACCAGGUGGGGGGCUCCAACUACCAUCACCAUCCGAUGAAGCAGAACCUCGCGUCGCCGCCGAUCAACCAGCAUGCGGCCACCGCGGCUGCCUACCACCCGUUUCCCACCUACUACUAG